AUGCCUUCAUCGUCACCACCACACCCUGCCCAGGAAUCCCUGGCGUCGUCUCAUUCUUCAGAAAAAGAGGAGGAGAAGCCAGCUGCGGAUGAUACAAUAACUGCAUCAGACCUGGAAAAGCAAGCUGAAGGCCAGGAAACACCGUCAGACGCCGUUGAGAACCAUCAUGCAAACGUGUCUUCAUCCCCCAGUCCUCUGCCGGCAGAUGUUCCCCCCUUUGAUUGGGACGACUUUGAAACAAGGUACGAGAGGGCAUUGCGAGAAGCAGAUGAAGCGGAGAGGGAGAUCCUUAAGGAGGCCGAGAGUUUGUCAAAGACAUGCAAGUACUUUCAAGUUUGGGCCGCCAGCGCCUCAGCCCAUGACGACGACCGGGCCGCCAAGCGAUUGCGCACUCGACAGAGAUUUGUGAUUUUGUCGGAAGAGAAAAUGGCGCAGAAGCAAAAGCACUACGAGGAGGUGGUUCGUGCGUUUGAGAGUGCUCUGGCGCUCCUCAAGUCGAGUUGA